CCAAACAAACCUCAAAAACUCCAUUUUCCGCAGCCAGUCAGAACCCGCCACAUCAGCCUUCCCCAGCUCCCCAUCAAGCUCCCACCGUUACCAGAUCUCUUCCUCACUGCUCUCUCCGUCUGCUUCCUCUUCUCCUCCUCCGCCGCCGGCGGAAAGCCCCUCCUCUCCAAAUCCCAAAUUCUCCGUUUCCCAUUUUGCCCUCGCCGUCUCCUCAAAAUCUCCGCCAUGUCCCUCCCCGGCGGCCGCCGCCACCACUUCGCCAACCCCCAAUCCCUCUCCGACUGGCUCCGUCCCCGCCUCCCCUCCGACUCCUUCGCCUCCUGGGGCGUCAAGCCCGGCACCAAGAACGUCCACAACCUCUGGCUCGAGCUCUCCGAGGGCGAAACCUCCCUCGCCGACUCCACCCCUCCCGUUCGCACCGUACCGGUCGUCACCGUACGGAUCCGUGACGGACGCGACCGGAUUCUGAUCGAGGCGCACCAGGAGCUCUCCGACGGGACCGUCAGGAGCCGCGACCGGCCCUUGUCGGAGAAGAUGAAGCCGUUCGAGGACGUCGAUUCGGCCGUCGCUCGCGCCGUCCAAGAGGAGCUCGGCUCGAUAAUAGGUGAUGGUGGAAAGGUGAUGAUCGUCCCCGGAUCGUACCGGAAGACAGUGGAGGAGAGAAAUUCGGUGUCGUACCCUGGUUUGCCGGCUCGAUACGAGCUGCAUUCGGUGGAGGCGUUCGUGGAAGGGCUUCCCGACGGCGAGUUCUGCACGGAGGAGGACGACGAGUACGGCAAUUCCGAGAAUUCUGGGGUUGCAGAGAAGGCUGUGUCUGUGAAGAAGCAUUUUUGGAGAUGGGUUAGUGCCGAUUCUGUUAAAGUUUAAACCUUGAUUAGGGUUUUAUUUGAGCUUAAUUAGUCAUACGUUCUGGAUUAAAAUACAUAGUGCAUACUUAGGAUUGGUUAACUAUUAUUUAACCUCUUUUGUGAUUGUAUAAUUAUAAAUUCAAGAGAAGUAGAGGAUUCAAAUUUUGAGCUUAUUGUAAAGAUGAUGGCUUUUGCUUCGAAUAAAGAUGCUGGUAUAGUUCUUCUCCAAGUGAUGAGAGUGAGAAUUAUUCUUUCAGUUUAUAAUCAUACGUGUUUUUGAGUUGCUAAUAAUAUAGUGCGGGAUUUAUUUGUUAAUUAGCCUCUGCUUGGGAUUGUAUAAUUGUAAAUUAGAAGCCAUUUAGUGGAUUCAAUUUGAGCUUAUUCUAA